UACUAUAUCCCGCGUCGACUGACAGGCUGCCACGGUAAGAGGACCACUCUUAUGAUCAUGAUGAGGGUCUUGUUAUCGUUCUGCCUUCUUGCGCAGCUCCUUACCGCCGUAAAUUGCAAGAGCUUAAGGAAAGUUAAAUCCAACGCAGGUCAUGGUGGGAGGAAGUCGGUGGUGAUUCAUUCCGUGAAUCCCGUGCAAAGAUCCGCCUGGGAGUGUCAUCCUGGAUGCAAGCGUUUCUGUCUGUCAUCUUGCAAAAGAAGCUGUUGUGCCCCAGGGGCUCCUAACUACAGUCCAGCCAUGUUCCCCCAGUUGGUGAACUACCAAGCUUCCCUCCCCCCGCCACCUCCUCCCCCACCAGCGUGCCCCGCCGGAUGUCCGUCCACCUGUUAUCCUAACUGUGAUUCCGGAUGUUGCUUCCAGGCAAAUCAGCCAGUGUUCCCUCAAUAUGCUAACCCUUACGAUGUUGGAUAUACUGGCUAUCCUGCCGGAGAUCCCUGUGCUGCUAUGAGUUGCUCUGCCGCUUGUGCCCCCCAAUGCAAGCCAGACUGUUGUCGUUCCCAAGCCCUAAACCUCAGCAUUCGGCCAGUGUAUCUUGGAGGAGUCAAAGCACCCCCUAAGGCACCCAAGCCACCGCCGCCUCCAAAACCGCCAGUGAAAACCCAUCAUAAAAAGAAGGCAAUGCAUACGAAACCCCAAAUUGGUAGCUUGUGUGUCCCGCAGUGCCAGACGCUCUGCAAGCCAGUAUGCAGAUUUGAUUGCUGUUUGGCUACACAUAAAUUCCAUAAAAAGCAAUCGGAUCACAAACCUUCUUCCUCCAAGCCACAGGAGCCUCCGAAACCUAAGGUGCAUCAUGACAUUACACCCGUCGCCUCGCCUCAGAGGGUUCCCAUCCCCAAACUAUUCGCAAUGGCGAAUCCAUCGCAAGAGCCUGCACAGGAUGCUCAGCAGUCGCCUCAACCGUCACCUUAUGAGGGAUAUCAGUAUCAGGACGCUGUAGCUCCUGUGGCACCCACGGCAGGAAUCACAUGCCCAGGAUCUUGUCCUCUGGCCUGCGCUCCUUCGUGUCAGUGGUCAUGCUGUGCCCCAUUCCAAGCACAGCCUGCCCAGCUGGCUCCUCAAGCUUUCCCUUACGGGGCUGUGCCAUCCAAUCCCUUGGAUGCUUCUCAAGAUUUCAGGGCACUAGGUUCGCCAGGCCUUCGUCCAGUGGAGCCCCUUGCUGAGCAGCAAACCUGUCCAGCGCCGUCUUGCCCGGACACAUGCGCGCCACUUUGCUCGCGAAGCUGCUGUGCAGGAUUGCCUCUCCUGCCACUGUCUUGGGACAAGAGAGCUGCCCUACCCCACAGAGGCUAGUUGUUGCAGCCAUAUUUGACACCCGUUGCCCUUCUCAUGUGUUUAAAAAUUCUUGCCUCUAAAUACUCAUCUGUGAUACUUGUAAAACCUCCUCAAGGACAAACUGAAUGAAGGAUACCUAUCCGCUCAUAAGUCAUGGCUCUUCUGAGCAAUACAAUAAUUUCCGCAAAUUUCUCCCACCUCGUUAGCAAACUAAUCCGCGUAAAUGCUCUGUUGGGAGAUUUUUGUCGCUAAUUUCGUCAAAAGCAGUCUCAAAAUGUAAUAUAAAAUAAACCAUAGGGUCAUUUUGUCACCAAAAGCCAUAGGAUUAUGCAGAAUUAGAGAAUGAUCGCAAAAUUUGAAAGUGAUACUCAUGCAUAGGCUUCUCAUAAAGGGCAAAGCUUUGAAUUAGAUACGAACACCGUACAUUUGUCCAGAAACAUUGGGAUGAAGUGAAGUAUUUUAGCCCUCAAUGUAACAUAAUUUCCCUCAAGUAAAAGUUUCUGUCGUUGUUGCAUACUGAAUGACAUGUAUUCUAAGCUUAUUAGGAAAGGUAGUUAUACAAAGCGAUGAACUAAGAAUACAAAAUUAGGACAUAAUCUGCUGAUCGUGCUCAUGCAGCGAUCAGCUGCACCUGCAGCAAAACCGCAUUGUAAAUAUCUUUACGGCUUUUUUUAAAACACAGUACAGCCCCUUUAAAAAAGUAUGUAGAUGGCAUGCUUCUAUAUUACCUGUGCCUUCUGGUAGCUAAAAGUAAGUUGCAUGGCGACGGAGUUUACUUCCGGUCGUUACGAGAAUGAAGCCAUAUCUAAAACCGUAUUAGGGUCAGAUAUUUAGGAUAGUUCUCUUCUUGAUCGAUUGUGGAAAUAAAGUGCGCAGUAUAAA